GUGUGUUGCAUUUGUUUUCAUUUGUAGUCCAGCAAAAUGGGUGCGAAGAAUAAAAAGUCAAGUGCCGAUGCAGUAUACACUAAGAAAUCAACAAAGAGCAGCAAUCCCUUCGACAAUGCUAUAGCUCAAACGGCCAAGCGAUUAAAUCCAUUCGAUGUGCAUGUGAACAAGGAGAAAUUUAAGAUUCUGGGACGCAUCUGCAAACAUGACCGAGGCAUGCCGGGUGUUUCCCGGGCCAAGGCACUGGAGAAGCGCGCCCAAACAAUUGGCAAACAAUACGCCGUCAAGAACAAGACGAACACAUUCGUGGACAAGCGCAUUGGGAAACAUCUCAGCGGCGACCAGCUGACCGAAUCUGUGAUGAAUGCUCGCUACCUGGCCGAGAAACUGUCCCAGGUGCGUGCAUCCAACAAGGCCGAGAAGUUCAAUCUGAAUGACGACGAGCUGCUCACGCACAGGGGUCAAACACUCGAAGAGAUUGAACAGUACAGAGACGAGCGAUCUGAUGACGAGGACCUGGACGAUGAGGGUCUAGAUGCUGAGUUCACGUCUGCGGCUCAUUUCGGUGGCGAUGGCGACGCACCCCAGGAUCGCCAGACGGCAAUUGAGGAAAUGAUCACUGAGCAGAAACGUCGUAAAAAUGAAAUAGCAAAGGAUAAAGACGAAGUCAACGAUCUGACUGAGAAACUGGAUGCCAACUACAAGCAGCUGUUGUCGCUGGUGGCGCAGGCAACCAAGGAUGAGCAGCACGAGAAGCCACCGGCGGACGCAUACGACAAGUUGCUCAAGGAGAUGAUCUUCGAGCCGCGCGGCAGUGUCACAGACAAGCUGAUAAAGCCUGAAGAGUUGGCCAAACAGGAAGCCGCUCGCCUGGAAAAGCUGGAGAACGAAAGAUUGCGUCGCAUGAAAUUUGAUGGCGAAGAGCAGGAGACCAAUGUACAUAUCCCACAUCGUUCGGCUGAUGACUUGGAUGACGGCUACUUUGUGGCUGGCAACGAAGAAGAGGAAGGCGAUGAUGUGCUUGCUUACGAUUUGGAUGGCAAUCUGGGCACACAUCUGAGCAGCAAAAAGGAAACUGAACAGAGCAAUACCAAAUUGGAUGAGGAAGGUAAUGAGGAUGAGGAUGAUGAUGAUGAAGACGAAGAAGAAGAGGAGUCCGACUCAGAGUUGGAUAACUUGAGUGAUCUCAAGGAGUCGGACAGCGAGUCAGAGGCUGAAGAAACUGCGCAACAAACUCAAGUAAAAUCCAAACGGCAAAAGCAGCAACAAACUACUGCAUCCAUGGACACCAGUAUACCCUUCACUAUCAAGAUGCCCAAGACAUAUGAGGAUUUCGGCGAGCUGCUCUCCAAGUAUUCGCCAGCACAGCAGGCCACUGUUGUGGAGCGCAUCAUCAAGUGCAAUCAUCCCAAGCUGGAGGGCGUCAAUCGUGAGAAUGUUGUCAAGCUGUAUGCGUUCCUGUUGCAGUUCAUUAAGGACAUGUUCGAGGAUGCCAGCGAGCAGGAUAUUCUCUCACAUUUCCAGCUGCUGGCGCAGCUAAUGCCGCAUAUGUAUGAUCUGACCCAGCUAAAUCCGGAGCGCAUGUCCAACACGUUGCUGGACGUGAUCAAGGAAAAGUAUGCCGAGUAUCGCAAGAACCACAAGGUUUAUCCAUCGCUGGACACACUCAUCUACUUUAAGCUCGUCUCAAAUCUGUACUCCACAUCGGACUUUCGUCAUCCUGUGGCCACGCCCACUUACAUCUUUAUGCAGCACAUUCUGUCGAGGGCGCGCAUCCGCACACGCCAAGACAUUGCAAUGGGUCUGUUCUUAGUCAACAUCGCCAUGGAGUUUGGAUCGCGUUCCAAGCGUCUGUUGCCUGCCGUUUUCAACUUUCUGUUGGGCAUCCUUCAUAUGGUCAUACCCAAGCGACAGACGGAGGAUCAGUAUGAUAUUGUGCCACCCUUUGAGCGAGAUGGACCCUUCAGCAAACUGCUCGCCAUUCCAGCCACGAAGGAGAGCCAGGCGCUUGAGCCGCAGCAACUGCAGGCUGCUGAUCUGGUGACGCAUACGUUUACAUUGGAUUUCAAGGUGCGAGCUGUGGACGCGACGCUGCGUCUGAUCAAGAAUAUCUUUGAGGAGCUCGUCGGCGAGCAUAUUGGUGCCUGCUACUUAGCCAAUCCCUUUCUACCGCUGCUCGAACGCCUCCCCCUCAAGCAUUAUCCCGAGCACGUGCAAGAACACCAUGCAGCAGCAAAGUCAGCUCUGCAGCAAGUGUCGGCACAGAAAAUGAAACGGCUGGCGCCUGCUGACAAGAAGCCGAAGGCUUUGCGUCUGCUUGAGCCCCGCUUCGAAGUGGUCUACGACGACAAGCGGCGGCCCAAGAUGUCCAAGCAGAAGGAGGAGCGGGCCAAGCUGCUGCACAAGAUUAAGCGCGAGAAGAAGGGCGCCAUACGGGAAAUACGCCGCGACACGGCCUUUGUGCAGGACCUCAAGCUCAAGCAACAGAUACAAAGUGAUAAGGAGCGCCACGAGAAGGUCAAACGCAUCUACCAGGAGGCCUCCAUGCAGCAGGGCGAGCUCAAUGAAUUGGCGCGCGCCAAGAAGCGCAAAAAGUUCUAAAACCUCGCAGCUGUGUGCAAAAAGUGUUAAAACGACUUGUGUAGAAAACUUUAAUAAUCACGAAAAUAUAAACAAAAACAUAAAAUGUAUUAA